AUGGGAAGGAUUAUGUUAAUUUGUUGGUUAUGGCUCCUUCCUCAAAUCUUAGCACAAACUUUAAAUAGAGAUCCUUUCCGAAUUGAUUUCGACGAAAAUAUUUUGAUAUCAGUAACACAAGAUGAUAUUGAAAGUGCUCGACAUGAUGUUCGCGAAAUGUUUUAUUUUGGUUACAACAACUACAUGAAGUUUGCAUAUCCAGCAGACGAACUCGAUCCUAUUCACUGUACGGGUAGAGGACAUGACCAUUCUGAUCCUUCAAACUUCAAUAUCAAUGAUGUUCUCGGAGACUUUUCGUUGACCCUAGUUGAUAGUUUAGACUCUCUUGUCGUAUUCGGUGAUACUCAAGCUUUCAAAGAAGCCGUUAAACUUGUAAUCAACACGGUGCAUUUUGAAAAAAAUACAACAGUACAGCUCUUUGAAGCAAAUAUACGAAUGAUCGGCUCUCUGCUAUCUGCUCAUUUGAUAGCUUCCGAUUCUUCCAGAUUAUUAGGAGAUUUUUAUAUGAAAGAGUAUGACGGGGAGCUUCUCUCAUUAGCUCAUGACUUAGCCAAUAGACUUAUGGUUGCUUUUGAAGGGACCAACACUGGUAUUCCAUUCACUCGGGUUAAUUUGGUGAAAGGGGUUCUACCUGAUACUAUAAACGAAACGUGUACUUCAGGAGCGGGAUCGCUAUUACUAGAAUUUGGCAUAUUAUCUAGACUAAUCAAUGAUCCCACGUUUGAACAAGCUGCUCGCAAUGUAAAUAGAAAGUUAUGGAACUUACGUGAUCCUAAAACGGGACUUUUAGGGAAUCUAAUUGACAUACAAACUGGGAGGUGGGUCGGGACAUUAUGCGGUUUGGGAGCAGGUCUCGAUUCUUUCUACGAAUAUCUUCUUAAAUCUUACAUAAUGUUUGGAGAUUCCUCUGAUCUAGCGAUGUAUAAUGAAGCUAUGGACACGUUAAUGAAGCAUCUGCGACGUGGGCGCAAACACUGUCGGAGCGGAGUGGGUGAUCAUCCUUUAUUCGUGAAUGUUGACUCUCGUGAUGGCAGCAUGAUGACGACUUGGAUAGAUUCUCUUCAGGCAAGCUUUUCCGGAUUAUUAGUGUUAGAAGGCAAAGUAGAAGAAGCUAUAUGUCAACACGCAUUAUAUUACGCUAUUUGGAAGAAAUAUGGCGUUUUGCCUGAGCGUUAUAAUAUUAAACUUCAAAGACCAGAUGUGAAUUUCUACCCAUUAAGACCAGAGUUUGUUGAAUCGACAUAUAUAUUAUAUAGAGCAACGAAAAACCCUUUUUACUUGAAAGUUGGUAUAGAAGUGAUGGAUUCAUUAAAGGCAUUAACGAAGGUAGAAUGUGGUUUCGCUACUGUACACGAUGUUCAUGACGGCUCUCUCGAAGAUCGCAUGGAAUCAUUCUUCCUGGCAGAGACUUUGAAAUAUCUCUAUUUGUUGUUUGACUUCUCCAAUCUUGCGAACGUGAACGAGCAUAAACUUCUGUUUUCCACGGAGGGGCAUAUAUUUCCUAUUGAUCAUAGGUUCCGUAGUAUACAGAAUCAGGCUGUUAAACAGAAACCUGUUUUUCUUCCAUCAGCCAUGGGGCACGAGGCAGUAGUUGAAGGCGUUCCCAAACAUAGUCAAACAUCUCACAAUGCUUCUUGUGAGAAUCUUUUAGAUUUAGACAGUUUCUUACCUCCCUUAAACAUCGAGCAUAUGAUGCAACUUUUCGAUAUGAUAGGUGUUGAACCAGAUUUUCUCUAA